AUGCCUUCCAAGUUUGCACAUCUCCCUCUCUCCACCAGCGGCCCUCUGGACUGCGCCCUGAGUGGCACCGCAAUACUAAACCACCCCUUUUUCAACAAAGGCUCGGCCUUUACCGCCGCCGAGAGGCGAGACUUUGGCCUCCUUGGCCUCCUCCCUCAGAACGUCCAGACGUUGGAGCAGCAAGUCAACCGCGCAUAUGCCCAGUAUUCAUCGCGGCCAGAUGACCUGGCCAAGAACACCUUCCUGACCUCGCUCAAGGAGCAGAACGAGGUGCUCUUCUACCGCCUGCUGCACGACAACCUGCCCGAGAUGUUUGGCGUCGUCUACACCCCGACCGAAGGCGACGCGAUUCAAAACUACUCGAGGCUGUUCCGCAGGCCUGAGGGCUGCUUCCUGAACGUCAACGACGUGGACCGCGUCAGGGAGGACCUGCAGCGCUGGGGCCGUCCCGAGGACGUCGACUACAUCGUCGUCUCGGACGGCGAGGAGAUACUGGGCAUCGGCGACCAGGGCUGCGGCGGCAUCCUCAUCAGCAUCGCCAAGCUCGUGCUGACCACGCUCUGCGCGGGCCUGCACCCGAACCGCACCCUGCCCGUGGUCCUCGACUGCGGCACCGACAACCAGGCCCUGCUCGACGACCCGCUGUACCUGGGCCUGCGGGAGCGCCGCGUGAGGGGCGAAAAGUACGACGCGUUGGUGCGCGAGUUCGUCGGUGCCGCCAGGGACCUCUUCCCCCGCGCCGUCAUCCACUUUGAGGAUUUUGGCGUGACCAACGCCCGCCGAAUCCUCGACACGUACCGGCCCCGGGCUCCCGUCUUCAACGACGACGUCCAGGGCACCGGGUGCGUCGUCCUCGCGGCCAUGAUGGCGGGCAUGCACGUCUCGGGCCUCGGCAUGCGGGACCUGCGCAUGGUGGUGUUCGGCGCAGGGUCGGCCGGCACGGGCAUCGCGGACAUUGUGAGGGACGCCAUCGCCGAGGAGACCGGAUGCGGCAAGGACGCUGCGGCGGAGCAGAUCUGGCUCGUCGACAAGCCGGGGCUGCUGACGACGGCGACGCGCAACGACGCAGCGCAGACGCCCUACGCCAAGAAGCCGUGGGCCGAGGGCCACGGGACGGACCUGCUUGCCGUCGUCGACGAGGCCCGCCCCAACGUGCUGAUCGGCACAUCGACGGUGCCGGGUGCCUUCACAGAGGAGGUGGUGCGGGCAAUGGCACGGCACGCGCCGCGGCCCAUCAUCAUGCCACUAUCAAACCCAACACGGCUGCAUGAGGCUGUGCCUGCGGACCUAAUGGCGUGGACGGACGGCAAGGCGCUGGUGGCCACGGGGUCGCCGUUUGCGCCAGUGAAGCUAGGCGAUGGCGGCCGCGAGGUCGAGAUUGCAGAAUGCAACAACAGCGUCGUGUUCCCCGGCAUCGCGCUCGGCAGCGUGCUGAGCAGGGCGCGGCUGGUGACGGAUGGGAUGCUCGUCGCCGCCGUCAAGGCCGUCGCCGCCAUGAGCCCCGCCCUCGAGGAUCCUAGCCGUGCCCUGCUGCCCGGGGUGGACCAGGUGAGGAACGUCAGCGUCGCGGUCGCCAGUGGGGUCAUUCGAGCGGCGGUGCGGGACGGCGUCGCGACGGAAGAGGGCAUACCUCGGGGGGACGACGAUGGCGACCUGGAGGAGUGGGUGAGGGAGCAGAUGUGGGAUCCCGUGUACCGGGAGCUGAGGUGGGUCGAGGGCGGCGAGGCGACCAGGGAGGCGAAAGGGGAGAUGAAGCAGGCUGGGACCUUGGAAGCGUAA